UUUAUUCAAAUGUGCCACUUUUGCUGUCGUGUCGCCUGUUGCCUACACUGCAAUCUAUCAUUUAAUAGAAAUUCGUGUUCGUUUUUGUUCUUUCUUUUGGAUUACUCGACCAGUAAAACAAACAGCAAGAAUGUAGUGAACUAUUGUUGAAACACUUUUCUAUUGGAGCUGUUUGCUUUAUUUCCUUGUGCGUGAUAUUAGUUGUUUCCAACAGGUUUAACGCAGCAGAAUGAAAAGCACUCAUUUCACCACUCCCAUACUGCAGCUGAUUUGAAAAGUGUUGGUACUGAACACCACCUGAUGUUUGUUAUCAGAGGCAGAUAGGGAAGAGGGAGUCUCCUAGAGAUGGAUGAUGGGGCAGGAAGCAUCAACAGGACCCCUGGAUCACCACCACAAUCCAGCAUAAUCGAGGAUGCUACAGUAAAAAGACCACGAAGGAGAGACGAGCAGCAGGAACGAGAAAUCCCCAACAGGAUGAGUCACAAAAAUAAAAGGAGGAGAAAAAAGACUCAAAAGAGCAAAAAGAGCAUCGCAGAAGUAAAAGAAGUUGCAGGUUUGCAAAGUGAGGUCAAAGAACAGGAAGAGAAAAAGUUUGUGGAGACAAGCUGCCAAACCCAAGAGGAUUUCUUUCCUAAAGAACAUCAUCUCCAGGCUGAAGGUAACUUGCAAGAAGAAGAAAAUGUUGUAGAACAACUCCAAACGGAUGCAAAGAUGGUUCAGGCUCAGACUCAAACAAGAAAGCAUAAAGGCAAAGACAAGUACACACAGACUGUAGUUGUUUUUCAGAAGAACCAGGAGACACAGACAGAUGUCCUCGUGACACUAAAGGACAACUCAAACAAUGAAAAGAUCAAAUCUGACAAAGAGAGUUCUGCCGAAUCAGAACCUAAACAAGAUACAUCUGCACCUGAGCCGCGGCAAGAAAGUGCCGGUCAAACGCAAGAUGGAGCUUCACCAGAGUUAAAUUCUAAAGAGGGGACUGAUUCAUCUCCAGGUGUCUCCAGGAAUACAACAUCUCAACCUGAAAAAGAGGCCAAGCCAAAGUCGUACGCUAAAGCUGUGGCUGGAGAAGGAGAUAAUAAACAGUCCAGAGUGACAGCAGACAAAACCUCCCACAUCACACGCGAUCGAAGUCCAGUCAGACCUCCACCUGCAGCUCCUACCUUCACCUUCCACAUCUACGCUGUGCUGGACAAAAUGUUCAGAUUCAACAACGAACAUGACAAGCUUGCGCUGUUUCAUGAUGGAGGAAGUGUGCCACUUGAAAUCACAUAUUUUGCUGGACAGAAGCAGGAAGGCUAUCUGAUUGAAGCAAGUGUCUCCAUCGAAGAAAGUCUUUUAGCCAGAGGUCAUUUGCUGACUUACUGGUAUGGAGUAAAGCAACGAAAGAAAGAGAUUUGGGGGACUGCUACGAGGUUUCUUCAGAUUCCACCGGAUCCAACCACUAAAGAGAUGCAUCUCUAUGAAGGAUUCAUCUGUCGCCAUGAUGAAAAAGGCUUCAUUAAAACUGGCCUUCACAUGGUGGGCAUUCGGAGGCCAAAGGGCGUGGAGAUUUCUGAUGCAUGGCAGAAUGCAGCGAGAGUUCUGCUGAGCAGAAUUUUCCAGAAAUGGACUCCAGCGGACAAAGCGAGCACAACGAGAUUGUGUCAGAGCUUGACUGCUUUUUCCCAGAACCUCAGUUCAGCACAUACUAGGAUCAAGUACCAGGAUGACUCCCGGCCUUCCGUGGUCAAGACAUCAGAGCUGAUUUCAGAGCGUUUGGUUGAGAUCUUAAAAGGAGAACCAAAGAAGAACAUCCCAGGCAGCUACAGGAACUCCAGCCCUCUUGUUCUGGGCUUGUCUGUGUUUACAGUCACCAACCACUGUAAGAUCAACCUGGGAGUUAAAAACUGGGCCGAGCUGUGUCUCCUGGUGUCCUCAGAGACGGAGAUGAAUCAGAAAAAGCUGGAGGAGUUGCGUGCUGCCUUUGAACAUCUGCAGUACACCGUGUUGGGUCUGAUAAACCAGUGUGUCCAACAUUUGGUGGUGGAGCUUGUCCUGCUACUUCCUCUGCUCUUCAGGCUCAGGCAGCCUGGAGCUGACGCCAAGACGGUGGGUCCAGUUGUCGAGGAGGAAAACUGGUCAGGACUUAGUGGCGUCGAAUUCGUCAAAUUCAGAGAGAAUAUGCUGUUCCGUCCAGACAAAAGAAGGAGGAUGCUCUCUUUGAUCCAGGAACAUUUGUCAGCUGCUGCAGAGUUCCCUCUGCUCCCACUGAGCUGGCUAUCUCUGGUCACAUUCGAUGAUCUUCCAGAGUUUUCAGAGUUGACCAAAGUGGCUUCAGAGCAGCUGAUCCAGAGUCUGUUGUACAGACUUAAAACAUGCCCUGAAGAAAACAAUCUUAGUAAACUUGAGCAAAAUGUAAAGCAUGCUCAUAAAUCCUUGAGUCACAUCCUGCUGAAUGUGGACAACGAGAAGGGCAGAAUAACUGCAUCUGACAUCGUCCAGCCAGCAUUCAUGAGCAGCAUCAGUGUGCUGAUGCACACAUGCAGGAUAGCUCGGCUUGUGCCGUGGUACCAAACACCAAUUCUGUCCUACCAGCUGGUGUUGAAAUUUGCAGAAAUUCUAGAGGUCAAGCUGAGAAGAGAGUCCAAGGAGGAAGAGAUUGAGACUGUAAAAGAGAAGUUGUUGGAGGUGCAGAAGAGGAUCUGUGAGUGGAGAGACGAACUCCUAAAGAAUCCUCUGAUGACAGCAAAAAAACUCACCUACCCAAAGGAAAUGGAGCUGUGGGAUGCACUGCUGAAGGCUGAAUGUUCUUCUGAGGAAAUGUCAUCCUGCUGGAAGGCGAUGCUCAAGAAAGACCUGAAGAAGAGGAUUUCUAAGGGAAGUGAAGAGGACAAAGUGCUGGUUUGUUGUCUAGAGUCAUCUUUGAGGAAAAGCCACAAUAUUCUACAGGCUUGUUUUGAUGACGUGUUGUGCUCGGCCAUCAGGACAGUCUGCCAGAGAGGACAAGAGGGUGACCUCAUGCGAAGUCUCGUAUCAGCAGUCAAAGAUCUUCCAGCUGUUGUAGUGUCAGCUGUUGUGGUUGAGUCGGCUUCACGGUUCAGAGAUAACAUGGUGGUCCAGCUGCUGGACCCACAGUCUGCCAUGAACUUUCUCCUCCUUAACCGGGACUGGAGAUCCAUCCAGGUGGACGACACUGCAGGACAGGUGGUCCACAGCUGUGUGGAGGCUGUUCAUUCUUUGAUCCAGUCUUUGUUGGAGGGAAGUGUUUCUCUCGGAGACCUACAGAGCUGCCUGAAAUAUCAAGAACAGUUUAGGAGGCUUUACCAGCAGUACAAGAAGAACACAACGUCUGAGAUUGUUUCAGGUGAUGCAGAGGCCAUUUUGGCUCAGCGAGAGAAGAAUUUGAAGACCUUCAUGCAGCGGAGACAGGAGAUAGAAACACUGAUAAAGAUGGUGGCGAAAGUUAAAGAAAGCAUCACAGUUCCUGAGAUGUCGACUCUAGAAGACCAUCACACGGCAGAUCUCAGUGCUGUGAGCCUGAACAGGCUGGUGUUAGUUCAGCCCUGUACUUCAGAGGAGAAGCUGCAGAAAACAGGUCCUCUACAGGUCCUCUGGUAUAAAAUCAGCAUGAAUGUUCUUAAAAUGUCCAGUGAGAUGCUCAAGCUGCAUGACAGCAACCUGAUCCUUUCCUCAUGGGUCAAACGAGCAGCAUCAGCCAGGCCCUUUGUCCCACCUCCUGCUCAGGUGACCCUCACACAGAUCUGUGAGCACAUCUGGAAUCCUCUGCUGAAAGAAUUCCUGCAACGUGGUGUCAGCAUUGCUGAGUCAAACAUCACACUCAAGGAGCUCGAUCAGGUGUUGGCGGAGUCAGGUGAUCAGGGGGAUGGGAGACUGUUGUUGAAGGAGCUCAGUCUCAUGGCAGAGACAGUUUCUGCUUCAGGAGCAUUUCCUGCUGAGCAGGAGUGGGUAGGGCCCAGAUUAGCUCAGAUCCAGGAGUAUCGACAACUUCGUGAGGCAUCGGCUGCAGCCACUGCAGUGCUGAGAAUCGCUGAGAAGAUGAAACUAUCAGGAAACUUUGCUGUAAUCCACACCCUUGGCCAGCUGCAGGGUGAAGAGUCUUUUCAGCAGAGGGUGCUGGGUUCUCUCACUGAUGACCUGUUUCAGGCCAGACAGCAGCUCUCUACAGUCACCAGGCUGCACACUGAAUGUCUUGAAGAGUUUCUAAAGAGCCAGGCCCUGGUCAGCUGGGUCAAAGAAAACCUUAAAACUAUGAGCGAUGUAAAGGUUUAUGUAGACCUCGCUUCAAUAUCUGCUGGGGAGAACGACAGAGAAAUUGACCAAGUGGCCUGCUUCCACGAUGCAGUGAUGGGCUACGCUCCGCUGCUGUACUCCCUCCCCCAACAGGCAGGCUUCAGAGACUUCAUGAAGUGUGCUCAACAGGUGUGGGAUGCCCAAAGCAGAGAUGAGAAGCUCCCUGACAAACUGAGGGAGUCAACUCGGUUGUUGAGCUGGCUGAAAGCGCUGAAGGAGACUCACGGCUCCGUGGAGCAGUCGUCCCUCUCACUGGCUUCUUCUAUCAACACUAAUGGAGUUUAUCACAUCGGAUGGUCUGAUGAAAACACAGAGAAGAGAUGUCUUCAGAACAUGGUACAGAUGACAGCGAAAGGGGUCAAAGAAGAGAAGCUAUACAAGCUCGAAGACCUGCUGGAGCUUCAAAACAAACUCAUGCUGAUGUCGUCUAAAGGGGAACAUGGCAGAGAACAAGUCACCAGAUUCACAGAGGUUUUUGAAGGGGUUCAAAGAGUUGGGACUAUCCUUCUCCAGAUGCAAACAUCUGGCAACAUGCUCUUCAGGAAAUGGUAUGUUGAGGUCCGCUGCUGCCCGCAGCAGCAGCCGUGCAUCAGCGUCACCUUCUGGUCUCUGAGGGGUAAACAGAUCGCGCUCCACGGUGAGGUGACCGAGCAGCUACGCAAACUCGCUCAUUCGAUGGACAUCUGCCAGACAGAAUGGAGCUCCUUCAUCAGUGAGAUGCGCUCAAGCUUCAGCGUCCUGAACCACUACACCUCAGAACAGCUGGUGUACAUGUGUGACUGGAUACACAAAGCAUGCCAGCGGCAGGCAUCGGUUCCUCAGCAGCUGUGGCACUUGCUGUUUCCCGUAAAGCCUCGGUGCACACUAACCGAUGUUAGGGUGGCUUACAAUAAGGCAGUGAGCAUGGCCUCAAAGAACGAUGUUAGAUCUGAUGAUGAAGGUGAGUUUUAUGAAACUCCUAUGGACAUAACCCCAGCUACAUCUCGACGCUCAGGAGGAAAGGCGGAACAGAUUCACAAUUUAAUGGAAUUUUCUUCUGACGAAGAAGAAGAUGGUGAUGUUGAGUGCAGCCUUGAAAAUUUGUGGAGGAAGUUUAGGGGUAAUAUGUCUCAGUACCUCAAUGAUUCCUUGGAAAUCCAGACCCUUGCUGACUUCCUUUCAUGCCUUUCUGAAAUGAAUCAGCUCCACUUUAUCAGAAAACUUCCAUCGGUCCUCCAAGAGGGAAUGCCAAAUCUUGUGCUUUGCCCAAACGAGGAGGUUUUCACCACAACUCUGUCAUUCUACAUGGAGAGUCCAGAGCAGCCUCUGCCAUCUGCUGAUGAAAUUCUAGUCUGCAGAGAAGAAACCACCGUGGAAGAGGUGGAGAUCUUUCUUCGCCGCUCUCUGAUCAAAGAAACUAAACAAAACUGGCAGAAGAUCUAUUGUCUGGUUAAUCCCGGGGUCCUGAGAUAUGAUGUCAGUGAAGCCUUAGUGGAGCUCUAUGAAGGUCUUGAGAGAAGCGCUAGUCCACAUUACCGUUUGGUGAUCGUCAGUCCAGUUGUGCACCAGCACCGAUGUGUGCCCUCUUACUUCAGCAACCACAAAGUACUGGCUGGUGUGAAUCUAACAGAAGAGACAGCCAGAAAAUAUCUGCAUUACCACUUCACUCUAAACACCCUGUCCCAAAACCCAGUGUCUCUGGUUUCUCCAGACCAGCUCACAGUCUGGAUGGUGUCAUCUGCACGCCCUGCUGUUGGGAAGUCCCUUUAUGUGGAUCGUUUGUUUGAGAAAUUCCAGCAGGAGUCUCCAAGAGUCAAACAUGUCCGCAUCCGACUGAUUGAGCCAAGUGUAGACCUAGACUCAUUAAUUAAGAGUCUGGCAGAGAAACUGUCCCUGUUGAGAGAGCAGGACCCUGUUCUUCUUCACAUUGACACGGCUGGAGUUCGCUCUGGUUUGGAGGAGCUUCUUUUCCACCUGUUAGUUCUUGGCUGUUUGAGUGAUGCUCAUGGAAACGUGUGGCGAAGGAAUGAAGCCCAUCUGAUCACAGUGGAAGUCCUGAAAUCACAUAGAUCCCCACAAAAUAAGCCAAAACAGAUGAAACUUGGACUACUCAACAUUCUGCCCACCAUUCAUUGUAAACCUCCACGAGAGGUGAAACAGUUGUUGGCGAAUAGAAGGCUUUUGACAAAAAAGAGCUUCGACCCCCUCAUGGAUGAACAGGAGUUUUGUAGCGAGGCGAUUCAAAGGCCAUAUCAGUACUUAAGACUCUACAACCAAAAUCACAAUCUGGAUCGUUUUAACUACAAGCAAGGCUCAACAGUUGGAAAUCCCGGUGAUUGUCUUCAUCACUUAUUGCUGUUCUGUGGCAUGGAUGAUCCGUCUUGGGGUGAGCUGAAGAACUUCUCCUGGUUUCUCAACACGCAGCUGAAAGACUGUGAGAGCUCCGUUUUCUGUGAUCCUGAUUUUCUUGCCGACCAACUGCCUGGCUUUAAGGGCUUUAUUGUGAAGUUUAUGAUACUCAUGGCAAGAGAUUUUUCUUCUCCCUCUUUGAACACGUCUGACGAAAGCCCAAUGCUGCGCAUCAACAGCAGUUUGGAAGAAAAUCUUCUCACUCAUCUGACGCUUCGUAAGCGUUGGGAAAAUGAGUCCCAUCCAUACAUUUUCUUUAAUGCAGACCACUCCUCGAUGUCUUUUCUUGGCUUUAAUGUGAAGGUGUGUGGAACGAAGAACACACUUAAUGCUGUUGAUCCUCACAGUGGCGAAGUUCUGAUAGACCGUGUAAUGUCACAAGAAGUUUUUCAAGGUUUGGAGCGACAAAGGAUUUCUCUCACUGAGAACUUUGAUCAGUUGCCUCGAUCGGAAAAAAUCAAGAGAAUUUCUUGUGUUGUUGGUGCAAAGAAGAGAAUUAUGGAUCGGGGAUUUGAUCCCGACCCAACAUACGAGCUCACUGCCGACAACGUGAUGAAGAUGUUGGCCAUCCAUAUGAGAUUCAGGUGUGGAAUUCCAGUUGUCAUCAUGGGUGAGACUGGCUGUGGAAAGACCAGAUUGGUCCGGUUCCUCUGUACUCUUCAGAAGGAGGAAAAACACGUGGAAAACAUGGUUCUUGUCAAGGUUCAUGGUGGGACCACAGCAGAAAUGAUCUACAGAAAAGUGCGAGAGGCAGAGGUGCUUGCACAAAUAAAUCAGCAAAAACACAAGUUAGACACCGUUUUGUUUUUUGAUGAAGCCAACACAACAGAAGCCAUUUUUGCCAUCAAGGAAAUCCUGUGUGACCAGACCGUAAAAGGAGAACCUUUGAAGCUACACAGUGGCUUGAAGAUAAUAGCUGCCUGCAAUCCUUACAGGAAGCACUCACCGGAAAUGGUUGAACGCCUAGAGCGUGCAGGACUGGGAUACCGAGUGAAGGCAGAUGAAACAGAAGAUCGCCUUGGUAAAGUACCUCUUAGGCAGCUUGUGUACAGAGUCCACCCUUUGCCACCAAGCAUGGUCUCUUUGGUGUGGGACUUUGGUCAGCUGAGUGACAUUUCUGAGCUUUCCUACAUCAAGCAGAUUGUCCAGAAAAAAGUUGCUGAUCAUCAUUUGCCAGCUGCCUGCAAGAACAUCAUUUCAGAUGUGCUUGCUGCCUCCCAGAAAUAUAUGAGAAGUCGGAAAAACGAAUGCAGUUUUGUAAGUCUCAGGGAUGUAGAGAGGUCUAUGAAAGUUUUAGUUUGGUUUUACCAACAAAGUGAAGACUUUCUGAGCAGCUACACUCAACUGAACGAGGAUCAGAAGACCCUGAAGUGCUUGAUUUUUGCUGUUGGAGUGUGCUACUACCCAUCUCUUGUGACCAAAGAGGAGUACCUGGCUGAACUUUGUAGGUACUUCCCAAGCCCAAUGAACUCUGCAGCAGCAUUGCAGGAAGAGAUUUUGUUUUGUCAAGAUCUCUUCCUCCACAACAUCCAGACACGAGAGACAAUCGCCAAAAACACGGCACUCAAAGAGAACGUGUUCCUCAUGGUGGUUUGCAUCGAACUUAAGAUACCACUCUUUCUGGUUGGUAAGCCUGGCAGCUCCAAGUCUCUGGCUAAAACUGUUGUUGCUGAUGCCAUGCAGGGCCAGAACUCUCAUUCUGACCUAUUCAGGAAGCUCAAGCAGGUUCAUAUGGUCUCCUUCCAGUGCAGCCCACACUCAAGUCCUGAGGGCAUCAUAGGCACAUUCAGGAACUGUGCCCGUUUCCAAAAGGACAAAAACUUGGAUGAGUAUGUGUCAGUGGUGGUACUUGAUGAGAUAGGACUAGCAGAAGAUUCUCCGCAGAUGCCAUUAAAGACCCUUCACCCUCUCUUAGAGGAUGGCUGCAUCGACAAUGACAACCCAGAUUCACACAUGAAGGUUGGAUUUGUUGGCAUCUCCAACUGGGCUCUUGACCCAGCAAAAAUGAACAGAGGGAUAUUUGUUUCUAGAUGGGACCCAAGUGAGGAUGAACUUGUAGAGACUGCCAAUGGAAUUUGUUCAUCCUCCAAACAGAUUCUUCUGAAAAUCAAGCACCUGUUCCCAUCUUUAGCAAAGGCCUUCUUAGACCUAUGUCAUCAGACCUCAAAGAAUCAGUUCUUUGGUCUAAGAGACUACUACAGCCUUGUUAAAAUGCUCUUUGCUGCAGUCAAGUCCACACAAAAAGAACCUAACAAGGAACAGCUGGUAGAGGCUAUCUUACGUAACUUCAGUGGACAGCCAGAGGGCUUUGACCCUGUUGUAUUUUUCCAAGAUGUUUACCAAGAGCUUACUAAAAUUCCAAGACCAAGAACCUUGGAGAUGGUGAGAAAGAACCUUGAUCAUGGCGCCAGUGAAGAGAGCCGCUACCUCCUGUUACUGACCACCAACAAUGCAGCCCUCCAUAUCCUUCAGCAACAAGUCUUUGCUAAAGGACACUAUCCUCCACCUGAAAUCAUCUUUGGUUCGGGAUUCCCAAAGGACCAGGGAUAUUCCCAAAUCUGUCGCAAUGUAAAUCGUGUGAAAACAUGCAUGGAGACAGGAUGUACUGUUAUCCUCCUAAACAUGCAGAAUCUCUAUGAAAGCCUGUAUGAUGCUUUGAACCAGUACUAUGUCUACCUUAGUAAGCAGCAGUACGUAGAUCUGGGUCUUGGCUCCCACAGAGUCAAAUGUCGUGUUCAUACAAACUUCAGACUGGUAGUAGUGGAAGACCAGAAGAAGGUCUAUGAGCAUUUUCCCAUGCCUCUGAUCAACAGGCUGGAAAAACACAGAGUGGAUCGGAGCACUGAUCUGGAACCAUGGCAGCACAGAGUUCUUGACAAUCUGAAGGAGUGGAUGAAGGAGUUCAAGGGAGAAGCAAGUGAGGCUUUCAAGCUGUCUGAGAUCUUCAUAGGUUUCCACUGCGAUGCCUGUGCCAUUGCUCUGAUGCAAGCGCUAGAAAGUAGAGCACAAGAGGUUAAACACACUGAAGUGGGACUGCAUCAAGAGGAUAAACCACAAGAACAAGAGAUUGAGAUGAAAGAAGAUCAGUUUGUUGAUCCACCAGACACAGAGCAAGAAGAUGGAACAGUGGAAAUGAACAAUUAUGAAUCCAGUUGGGUUGAUGACCACAACAAAGGAAAUAUGAAAAAUGAAGAAAUGAUGGACACAGAAAAUGUUGUUGAAUAUGCCAGAGAAAAUGAAGAAGAUGAAGUCUUCAAUUUGGCCAAAGGUUUUUUGUUAAACUGUGCCACUCCUGAUGCUGUGAUGAGACUAAAAUAUUCCGAUUUAUCAAACCAGGAGAAAACGAAACUCCAGAGGUUGUAUUUCCAGCAGCAACAUCACCACUCGCUCAGAGAUUUUCUGGGAGAUUAUUUGAACAAGCACCAGGAUUCUAGCAGGUUUCUGGAGAUCACUACAUUCUCCAGCUUGUUAAACAGAUCCGAUGUGAGAGUGUUAGCCCAUGCUCUGGGACUGCACACACACAGGAUCCUCCUGCUGUCGCUCCAUCAGUUUGACACUGAAGUUUCCUUCUGCAAUAAAAUACGGUCCUUCCUACAUGGUGCAGACAACUAUCUUCAUAUUUUGUUCAUCCAGAUGAACCUCGAAGAAUCCCAGUGCUGCGAUGAGCUCAUUGCAUCAGCAAAGUACUGCACCAUGAAUUACAUGAUGUCCCUGGAGGAUCAGAUCUGCUGGAUCAUUUUUAUUGUGAAGGUUUCAAGAAUUCCACAUCAGGCCCAGUACAUCGGUUUCCAGGGGGGAAUGUGGUGCUCUGUGCACAUUGAUGACCUGAGGGAUUCAGAGGACAUGAGUCUGAACCUGUCGGGUUUCUGUGAAACUCCGAUCAGCAGCUUACUCAAACGUCACAUCACAGAAGAGAACAUAGACAGUGAAGCUAUGAGGUUCAGUACUAAGUCAGAAGAUGACAGAAAUGCAGAGAGUGCACACCUUCACAGUCUGUCUUUAGUCAGAUCAUGUGUUCAGAAAGCUGUGAGUUUAUUGAGAGACGCCGACAAUGUGGCAUCCAGAAGCAUGCGACGAGUGCAGAUCCUCCUGAUGCUCCUUUCAGCUGGUCAGAAUUCCACAGGAGAUCCUAAUCAUUUGGUUUCAGCUGACUUUCAGAGGGUGUUGUUGAGCAGACUGGCAGAGACUGUGGCUCAGAGAGAAGAACUGAUGAGGGCUCCUAAAGAGUGGGCGAACCUAGAAGCCACGAAACGCCAGGCUCUACAGGAAGGUGGAACACUGAGACAUACUCUGUGGCGUCGUCUUCAGUCCACUGUGACGCCGAUCUUAGCCACCAUGUUGGAGGUUAUGGACAGGUACUCGAAUCUGGACCUCCUCUCAGGUGACAGACUCAGUCAGGGUCUGAUCCAGCUGUGGGUGGACAUCCUGGCAGAUUCUCAGAUUUUGCACCUGGCACCUCCCGAAAACCCUCGCGAGUUCGAUCAGGAGGUGCUGGUCCAGCAUUGCUUCAUGUUGGAUGGAGAGGAACAGCCGAUCUCAGCUCCAUUCAGCUGGCUCAUCAGAAUGAACCUGGAGAACCUGUGGGAAGAAUCUGAAUUCACGCCAGUAACUAAAGCAGGUGGUAAAGAGAGGAUUCUCCAGUUUGUGAGCUCCUUCAACUGCAGCAGGCUGGGCAGUCACCUCCAAAAACUCUCAGAGGAGGAGCGAUGGGAGUUGGGCCUCCUGUUCUUGCAGGACUUCCUUCUGCUGUCUUUGAAGAUCAAGUCAAAAGAUGAACUCAAGGUGUUGAUGAAAGUCAUGCAGUGCUGUGUGUCUGAGCUCCAGGCAUCUAUGGGAGUCACCGCUGAUCUUUCUCCUGCUUGGAUAACAGCAGCUGCUAAACACUUUGCUACCAGAUUAGAUCUGCUCUGCCACAUAUUCCUUCUGCAGCCCCAGUUAGCUGCUGAUGUUCUUCAUCGCUGGUCAGAGAUGAGUGAGAGGCAAGAAAUGACAGAGGACAUUUUAGCUCUUGGCAUUUGUGUGGAGCAGACCAAACUUCUGACUCUCACUUCAUUUCAUGAAUGUGAAUCCUUUGUGAGCAGAGUGGAGUUCCUUCAGCCUUGUCUAGACAGAGCGUUCAGUCAUAAGUACGGCGUGCUCUGUAGCGUCACCGCUUUGCAGCACCUGGCCUCCAUCAGGUUAUUGUGGCAUGGGAUACUGGUUGUAGGAUCUUACAUACAGAACAUCAUUUUGAAAGUUAAACAGCAUUACUCUGAAUUGGAGGAACUAGCUCUAAAACACUGCAACCUUCAUCUGAACCUGAUGCAAGAGUCACCAGAUAUCAGAAGUUUGAGCACACUGCAGCAGCUCAUCCGGAUCCUCAAUUUGUUUCAUGAAGAGUGCAUCAGCAGGGAUCUGAGGUUUGGUAUUUGGUGUCCAGUUUGCCUGUUGGAGUUCACUGAGCCAUCCGUUCUGCCCUGCCAGCAUGUCGUCUGUCUGCCGUGUCUUCAGCGCUGCAUUCAGCAACGCCGACCUUCCUGCCCUAACUGCAGAGAAGAGCUGCCUAACGACUUUACACCAACUACCUCUCUCAAAAUCAAGGCAGCUCUGAAGCAGCAAGCAGACAUCAGAUGCUUCUGUAACUCUUUCUUCCUGGAGGUGGUGUCCAGGUUCUGUCUGUCAGAAGGACAGAGGCCUGAAGAGGGUGUGGUGGAGCUGCUGUUCUCUCUACUCAUCUCUGCUAAUGGAGGCAUUUAUCGCACCAGAGAGCUCACCCCCUUCCUGGAGUGUGUAGACAACAGUCCGGUGGUCCGAUCUGUGCUGCCAAAGCUGUUGCUGCAGUACAGUUUUGACCAGGUGAAGACCCACAUUCAGGCCUACUUGAAGAACCUGGAAGAGAACAUUCUGGGCUGGGAGGACCGUACAGAACUCUCCCUGUUGUUUGUCAACUGCUUCCAGGACACUCUCUUGUGCUCCAAAGCACAAGAAGGGGAGCAUGGUGGAGGGCAUCAGGAAAAAAUCAGAUUCCUGAGCAGAAUUGCCAGGAAACAGACUCCAGACAGACAAAAUGACCCGGCUGAGUUUCUGCUUAACAUCGCCAGACUGAGAAUAUGUCUGAUUUGUGCUGCUAAGCUGCUGGAGAGAAGGUUAUGCUCAGUGGAGGAACCCGCAGGUGAACAGAGGGUGGACGAGUACCUACAGCAGGUGAGGGCUGUGUGUGAGUACAGCGGUAACGACUGGCUCCGGGUUUACCUGCUGCGAGCCUUCCACAGGUGCUGUGGAAUGGACUGCAUCCAUUUCCUUUUAAACAGCCCGACCUGGAGGUGGAUCUUUCCUGCAAAGCUGCUCUCACUUCAGAGGAUGAUUCCAACCAACAUAGACUACUUCCUUUGCUGCGGGGCGCCUUACAGAACCAUGAGAAACGCUGUGGCCCAGGUCCUUGUGGAGGACAGGUCUGACAUCUUUGUGACAGAACUGCAGAAGCUGAGAGGAUCCCAGAUCAGCCUUGUGGCUCUGGCUUUAUUCAGACAAGUCACCUCCCACUACAAGUCACAUGACAGCAGCUUGCAUCCUUCCCAGCAGGAAAUAGUAAAACUGGAACAUCUCCUCAAAAGCAUCGGCUCAGAUGAGUUCAGGGAGUUCUGCUCGUCUCUUCUGCGAAAUUCUUUUAGUGGACUGGGUUCACGUCUCCACACCAUCUCAACUAUGCCGGCUCUGAAACAAACCCUUCUCGAGCUACUGGUCCAUCUGAAUUCUGUGCUUCUCAGUCAAAACCCUCUGCUGGUUCCUCUUUAUCAGAUAGCUUUCCAACCUGAGAACGUCAUAAACUCUUACCUUCCAACCAUGCCAGAUGAUCACACAAAUGAAGCCCGGCUGUGGCUGAGCAGAGAGAAGAAACUUAUGGAAUACACCUGUGCCAACGGACAUGUGUGCUUUGUGGGAGAGUGUGGAAAACCAGUGGAAAGAUCAAGAUGUCCUGACUGUGGACUUCCAAUAGGUGGAGAAAGUCACGUCCCAGUCCAAGGUUUUACUCCACAUACGCAGCAAAGGGAUCAGAGCCGAACAGGACACAUUCUAGGUGAAGCUCAGCGGAGGUCUGAAGCGCCUGAAAGACAGAUGACGUUGGCUCAGUCCAGCGUCCUUCGGCUUCUGACGCACCUCGUCUUGCUUCAAGGAGCAAUAAGAAAUCAGAGGGGAGCUGGAGCCAUGAUCCACCCGAGGCCAAAUGAUGUUCUCAGCUUCCUGUGGAACCACCUGGAGAAGGAUUUGAAAGUUUUAGGGGAAACUCUGGACGUGAACAUGGACAACACAGCUGUCACUGUUCAUUUGAUUCUUACAAAAUUACCAACAGGUUCUCUGGAUACGAGACCCGAUCUGUCCUCCAGACAAGGACGGAAGCAGUGGGAAAUGCUUGUCUGCAAGUCAGCCAUCAACCUAGUUCUUCAGGAUCUGCAGAAGAAUCUAUCUAUAGCUCAGGAGAGAAUUGCCUCAGAUGAUGGACUGGAAGGAAGUCCCGUGAUGAAUGUCCUCUUCGGUGAUCCUGGAGCCAUGUUGUCUCUUCCCUCUAACUGUCCCACACAUUGUUCAUCUUUCUGGACUCUACGUGAGACAAUGACAGUGGAGCGUUUCUCCCAGUUCUUGGGGGAGACACCGGCACGCAGCUCUCUACCUCUCCUCUGCUUGUUUAUUAAGAAGAUCAACUGUGUGCGACAGCUUCAUCACCUGCCUGAGCUGGCCGCUCUACAGGCAGACCUGGUGAGGACGUUUCCGCUGAUGUCGGGCUCUACUUCUCAGACCAUUGCACAGAUGUUGCGCCAGAUACCCGCAGGGUACCAGCGGAAGACCCUGACGGAGAGGGUGGACAGAUUCAUCAGCGUGUGGAACUUCCUCCGAGUUGAGGCGGCAAACAACUCAACAGAUUUGGGAGUGGAUGUGAAUCUUUGUGAGAAGGAGGUGACAACUGAGAGCACUGGAGAGUAUUUGACACCAUGCCGAUACGGACCCGGUUCAUGUCUCCAGACUCUGGUUGACUUCCUGUCGGAGACACACAACAGCCUGGUGAGGGUGGCCAGGAGUGUGAACGCCCACGAGGAUAGUGAGUACAGUGUUCCAUUAGGGAGCGUAUCAGAGACCCAGCUGACUCUCUGCCACCCUGAGCGAGAGCUGCUGCCACUCGUUUUAGCAAACUGUAACUACACUCUGGAGAAAGGAGGCGAGAUGGGCAGCAGCUAUGACCUGCUGGCAAUUCAAACCCAGCUGGCCCGACGCUUCCUAGCUGGAAAACCACUCAUCCAGGCGGACACUUUGCGGUACUUGAACCGACGCUUGCAGGACUUUUCUGUGGUUCUAACUGAAGUGAGAACAAAGAUUCAUCAGGAAGCAUUGAAGGGCUCGGUGAGCAGUGCCAUGAGAACUGUGCUGCGCUCUUACACGGAUGUGUGUGAUGCCAUCUUCGUAGUGGAGAUUAGCCUGCGCUUUCUUGGGAAAACAGGGGGAGAUCCUGAGAGACAUCUUUUGUCUUAUCUGACUGAGUCGCUGCAGAUGGGCUCGCAGAUCUCAAACACUGUGUUCAAGGCUCUUGGGGAAAGCAAACUGCAGCACUGCAUUUUCACCUGGCAGCUUCUGAAUGGGUGGAAAUCAGAGCUGCUGCUUAAUCGGAAACAAGACCCUUUUCAGAAGCUGCCUUCCGAGUUUCAGCAAAAGUUGACGGAGGAAGAGAGAAAAGAUCUGAAGGCCUUCCUUGCUGUCACAGACGUGGACACUUUUGCUUUGGAGCUGCAUGAAAUCCUCCUGCUGAAGACGAGCAACACUGCUCAUGACCAGGCUUACCAGUCUCAUUGGGACAUCAGGUCCACUUUAGAGGUCCAUUUGGAGCAGAAAACUCUUCCUCCUCUGCUGGGGCUUGAAGAUUUACCAGAGGAGAUCCCACUGGGAAAGGGGGCAGAUGUGUGGAGGGCAGCUGUGGAGUUUAAAAGAAGAUAAAACACAUUCAUUUUCAUUGUUUCGUCCAAAGGUCAUCUGCUGUGACCAUUAUUCCAAAUAUUCCAAUAUAAUAUAUGUGCCUGUCUGUUGUGCAAAUUUUUGUUUUUAUCUGUUUUCAUUUGUAAAUCCACGUGUCAAUGACGAGUUAAUAAAGAAUAAAGUGUCUUUCAGUGGA